GCGGCCGAGGUGGUGGGCUUCGAAGUUUGAAUUGUAAGAAAACAUUCAGUUGAUAGGCGAGUGCGUGCCGCGAUACACGGGGCCGCUUUCCCGUCAUCUAACGUCAAACUAACGCGCGAUUGUCUAUGGUUUUUAAAAAACAAAUGGUGUUUGUAAAGGUUUUAAUUAUGUUUUGUUUUAAGUUAUGUUUACGUGAAGAAAAUUAAUUUCAUUUGUUUGCUGGAGAGGGUCUGUGGCUAUGUUGUGGGCGGUGGUUAUAUGGCUGAUAGCGGCCGGGAGCGUGCAGGCGGCCAAUAAAGUCAUCGAUGUAGCGACCACGUGCGACAAGAGCUCUAUGGCUGUGCACAUCAUUAUGGACCAGCCGUUUAAAGGACUUGUGUUCAGUAAAGACUUCUCGAGAGAGUGUCGAGCACAAGGAAAAUUACAGAAGAAAGUGUCAUUAAAUCUACCGUCAAACGCCUGCGGUGUCCGUACAUCUACUAUCAACUCGACUGUGGAAGAGCCUGAUGAUAACGAGGACCUGUACUAUACAGUGGAGCUGGUCAUACAAAUGGACCGCCAGCUGCAGCAGUCCUCCGAUCAAGAGUUAAUGGUGAGGUGCAAGCUGCAGCCGCGUGCCGUCAGGAUUCACAGCUCAGCACUAGAGGGCGUCAUCAGCACAAAGCUACGUGAGAUGUCAGGUCAAGAAGCUAAGAAAGUUAG